AUGGGGCUCCUGCCCUCGGCCCUGCUGCUGCUGCUGCCCCUGCUACGGGGAGAGGGGGGGCCCCCCCAGGAGACCCCGGGGUUCGAGCUUCGAGUGCAGAGCUUCGUGCGGGUGCAGGAGGGGGACUGUGUCUCUGUGUCCUGCUCCUUCUCCUUCCCCCGGAACCCCAGGGGAUUCCCUACACCCCACAUCUACUGGUUCCGGGACGGGGACAGAGAAUACGAUGCUCCUGUGGCAACAAGCGACAGAUGGAGACCAGUGAGGGCGGAGACCAGGGAUCGAUUCCUCCUGCCCGGGGACCCCGGCGCCAACAACUGCUCCCUGAGCAUCAGACCCGCCAGGAGGGCAGACGCGGGCACCUACUACCUGCAGGUGGAGACAGGACAUGACACAUACAGCUUCAGAAAAACAAAGCUGCAACUGGAUGUGACAGCGCUGACACAGAAACCCGACAUCCACUUUGGGGAGCCCCUGCGCGCGGGGCGCCCCGCGAAGCUGGCCUGCCGCCUGCCGGGACUCUGCAAGGGGCACAGUCUCAGCUUCUCCUGGGCGGGGGAGGCUCUCGCCUCGAUGGACCUCAACAAACUCCGGUCCCCAGAGCUCACCCUCACCCCGAGGCCCCAGGACCACGGCUCCCUCCUCACCUGCCGGGUGGCGCCGCCUGGGCCGGGAGCCGGCACAGAGAGGACCGUCCGGCUCGACGUGGCCUACGCCCCGCAGACGGUCACCGUCAGCAUCGCCCACGGCAACGGCUCAGCCUUCAGGAACCCGCAAAACGCCUCCUCCGUGCCCGUCCCGGAGGGCCAGUCCCUGCACCUGGUCUGUGAGGCCCCCAGCAACCCCCCUGCCAGCCUGAGCUGGUUCCGGGAGGGGAGAGCCCUGAGCCCCUCGGGAUCCUCAGCCCCGGGCGUCCUGGAGCUGCCCCGCGUGGGGGCCGGGGCCGGAGGGGUGCUCACCUGCCUGGCCCAGCACCCCCUGGGCUCCCACCACGUCUCCUUCAGCCUCUCUGUGCAGAGGAGCCCCGGUGACUGCAGCUGUGACCCUGAGGAGCCGCGAGGCUCCUGGCCGCUGGUGCUCACCCUGAUCCGCGGGGCCCUCAUGGGGGCCGGCUUCCUCCUCACCUACGGCCUCACCUGGCUCUACUACACCAGGUGCGGGGGCACCUGA